GCAUUUAAAAAUGGCUACAGCUACCGUCAGCAUGCUUGCUAGUUUGAAAAUGAGUGAUUCAGAGGAUCCCGAGCUGGAGGAAGAGCUUCAAGCUGCUGACGAACUCCUUCAAGAUAUGCAGAAUGAUGCACAGAGUGAACCUCAGCCAGUGCGCUGGAAAAAACGUGACAGACAGGGAGAUUUUAUUCCUCAAAGACCAUCAUCCAGUCGAAGUACUAGUUGCAUGCCACGUGUGUCCACAGAUCAGCAUCAACGUCCACAUGAAGAACCUAGUUAUGUUGCCAGUUUCAACCCAACAAAAGUGUAUGGAACUGAGGUGCUUCGUCAGGAGCUCCUUCAGUUGUUGGAGGAUGGAGAAGAGGACGCAGCCAUGACUUGUGAGACGUCGUCUGAGUCAGCUGCUACUCACUGGGAGAUCAGAAACAUGGUGUCCUCGCAAAAGUGGAAAGAGACCAGGCCUUGUCUUAUAGACAAUAUGUUAGCUACUCUGGAUCCACAGUCACACCGUGUGUGUCAGUGUGGCAAACAAGUAGUUGUGAGGUGUCUGGACUGCCUGCCUCUUCCAUUCCUUUGUGCUGAGUGUGAUAUUGCAGUUCACACACGCUUUGUCCUGCACAACAGAGAGGCAGUAACAGGAGGGUUUUUGCAGCCUUCAUCAGAGUUUCACAAGCCAAUAGUUCGGCUGUUGCCUGUGCAAAGGCCAGACCAUGUGUGUGACUGCCCAGCAGGUAACGUUGAGGUUUCACCCGGCGCAACUGUGGCUCUUGUAACCAUAAAUGGGCGUUAUAACCUUGCACUGCCAGUGGUGAGCUGCACCAGCUGUGGCCUAAUGUGGUCCCCCUCAGUUAAGGACAUCCUGGGUAGUGGAUAUUGGCCUGGCACCUUAAAUUUCUGCACCCUGUUUUCAAUGGAUGUCUUUCAGUCUUUCUAUGACAUUAAGAAGGCUGCACCAGGGAUGUCACUUAAGGCAUUUGUCAAAAUGCUGGAUGAAAGAACAGCCCAUUUUGGAAGGACUGGCCGAAUAUCAGCCUAAUAUCAGCCGAAUAUGGUGCCUUCAGUAAAAGUUUCUUGGAGUGGAGUGCUGUAAAGUUUGAGGUGGACAGGAUGUGCAAGGAGCCAUGCUUUAGCUGCCCUGCCUGCACUCCAGACAUGCUUGCCGUGUCAGUUGAUGGAAACCGUAAGCUUUAUCGCUUUAAAUCAAAUGCAAGCACUUCAGAGCAGGGGAACUUUGAAGGUGUCUUCAUUGAAAAAGAUGAGGAAGUUGCUGAGUUUAUGAAAUACAUCCAGAGACACACAAAUGAUGUGGCUCAGCUGAGGAACCUCUUGUCAAUGCGUCCUUUUCUCUCCGUCAUGCAUGCAAAGGCUCUCAUUUGGAAAUGCGAGAUCAAAUGGGGAGGUGCGUUUCAGGAUGGGGCCGGUUCAACAUUUGGAGAAGAGGUGGAACAAGUAAACAGUUUCCUGUCUAGGGCGGCCAUCACAACGAAGUACAUGUCUAAAGCAGGGCGAACAGACAUGCUGACCCUCCUGGCUUUGGGGUGGAACAAAAGGAAAGUGGAACAACUGGGCCGCACUUUGAGCCAGAGAUAUCUCAAGAUCAUAAGGAUCCUUAGAGAACAAGUGGAGAGCCUGAAUGCGACCAAAAAUGAGCUGGGUGUGGAUGACGACACCCUGCAGCAAUGGGUGGCCGAUGUGCAGAAAUGGGCUGAAGAAACUGAUCAAACUGAUGGCAGCCUUGGAGCGUUGCAGGCACGAAUAGAGGAGCUUGUUGUCAUCAUCAGAGUGCGAACACAAAGUCUUUACAGACAAAAUGAUAGCAACAAGAGGCGACACAGAAUUCGCAAGGUCAUCUUAGAUGAGAAGAAACGCUUGGCGGCUGCUGUUGACGACUACAACAAGCUUGCUGAACCAACAAACAAAUCGUAUCCAGUGAUGCCCUCAUCCAGACCGACAUUUGGCUCUGGCAGAGCACAAGUGAACCUGCUGCUGACCUCCAGACAAAGAGAAAGGUCUUUGAGAAGGUGAUGGCUGUGAGGCGCCUGAGAGAGGAGGAGAUGAUCCUUUGCAGGGAGAUGUGGCAUCACUGGACAGUGUUGCGAAUGCGAUCUGUGGUGUUGGGGACAAUCUCCUCAGACUCCUCCCUUGUUGGCAUGUCGGAGGAUGCACAGAAGGGACUCUGUAGCCUGGUUUUAAAAAAACAAAGUGAACUGAAAGCUGAAAUGCUCAAAAUAAAGGACACGUACAAGAGAAUCCUCAGCCACCAACCACUCCUGGAAAUGGACUCGGAGGAGGAGGAGGACAUUCCAGACGAUGCCACUGAGAGUGAUUUGAGCACUUCUGAUGAAGACUGAUUGUGUCAUCCUUGAUGUUAUUUUUGGUAAAAUAAAAAGUUAAUCACA